CCCGGAUGGGGCCAAGAUGGGUCACAGUGCAACCUCCAGUUCUGAGGAUGGGGUGGUUCCUACUGCUGCUGUUGCUGCUGCUGACACAGAGCUCAGGAGCCUCUGGGCAGCGCUCUCCCUUGAAUGAUUUCCAGGUACUUCGGAGUACAGAGCUGCAAUACCUGCUACACUCAGGGGACUCCAGACCUUGGCAAGAAGUAGCAGAUGCUGAGGAGUGUGCAAAGUAUUGUGGGUCCCUGCUAGACUGCAGGGCCUUUCACUACAAUGCCAGCAGCCAUGGUUGCCAGAUACUGCCCUGGACCCAGAACUCGCCUCAUACUCUACUGCAUCCAUCCAAAGGGUGUGACCUCUAUCAAAAGAAAGAUUAUGUGAGAAACUGCAUCGUAGACAUUGGGGUCCAGUACCGGGGAACUGUGGCCAAAACCAAGGACGGUCUCCCCUGUCAGCACUGGAGCCGCAAAGCCCCAAUUGACCACAAGUACAGGCCCAACCCGCAGAAUGGCUUGGAAAAGAACUUCUGCCGCAAUCCUAACGGGGAUUCUGGUGGUCCCUGGUGCUUCACGACAGACCCUGUCCUGCAUUACCAGAGCUGUGGUCUUAAGUCCUGCAGGGAUGCAGCCUGCUUUUGGUGCAAUGGGGAAGAUUACCGAGGGGCAGUGGACCACACCGAGUCAGGUCACGAGUGUCAGCGCUGGGACCUGCAACACCCGCACUCACACUCCUUCAAACCCCACAAGUUCCCAGACAAACACCUGGACGACAACUAUUGCCGGAAUCCAGAUGCUUCCGAGCGGCCCUGGUGCUAUACCACCGAUCCACAGGUCAAGCGGGAAUUCUGCAACAUUCCCCGCUGCGGGCCCGAUGCACAUCAACGCAAGGAGGCCACGACGCUCAAGUGCUUCCGUGGGAAGGGAGAGAGUUACCGGGGCACUGCCAACACCACCACCGCGGGCAUACCGUGCCAGCGCUGGGAUGCACAGUCCCCGCAUCAGCACCGCUUUGUGCCGGAGAAAUAUGCUUGCAAGGACCUUCGUGAGAAUUUCUGCAGGAACCCCGACGGCUCGGAGGCACCCUGGUGUUUCACUUCCCGGCCUGAAAAGCAAAAGGCCUUCUGCUACCAGAUUCGGCGCUGCACAGAUGAGGUGCAGCCUGAGGACUGCUACUACGGCAUAGGGGAGCAAUACCGGGGCUCCGUCAGCAAGACCCGCAAAGGUAUCCUUUGCCAGCACUGGUCCGCUGAGAUGCCACACAAGCCACAGUUCACUCCGGCCUCUGCUCCCUUCGCACAGCUGGAGGAGAACUUCUGCCGGAACCCCGACUCUGACAGCCACGGGCCCUGGUGCUAUACCACGAACCCCGAGGUGCUUUUCGAUUACUGUGCAAUGAAGCGCUGCGAUGAGAACCAACACCCGUCCGUCCCGGGGCCUGAAGAUGAGGUGUUAUUUGAGAAGUGUGGCAAGAGGGUCACCCGGCAAGACCAGCAGCCCCUAAAGUUGCGCGUGGUUGGGGGGCAGCCUGGGAACUCGCCCUGGACUGUCAGCUUGCGGAAUCGGCAGGGCCAACAUUUCUGUGGGGGGUCCCUGGUGAAGGAGCAGUGGGUGCUGACUGCCCAGCAGUGCUUCUCCUCUUGCCACAUGCCCCUCAUAGGUUAUGAGGUGUGGCUGGGCACCAUGUUCCAGAACCCUCAACCCGGGGAGCCAGACCUGCAGCGGGUCACAGUCACCAAGCUGGUGUGUGGGCCCUCCAGUUCUCAGAUGGCUCUACUCAAGCUAGAGAGACCUGUGACCCUGAAUCAGCGUGUGGCCCAGAUCUGCCUGCCUCCCGAGCGUUAUGUGGUGCCUCCAGGGACCAAGUGUGAGCUGGCAGGCUGGGGGGAGACUAAAGGGACUGGUGACAACUCUGUCCUGAAUGUGGCCUCAAUGAAAGUCAUCUCCAACCAGGCGUGUAACAUCAAGCACCGAAGGCAAAUACAGGAGAAUGAGCUAUGCACCGAGGGGCUGCAGGCCCCUGUGGGGGCCUGUGAGGGGGACUACGGGGGCCCGCUUGCCUGCUACAUCCACGACUGCUGGGUCCUUCAGGGAAUCAUCAUUCCCAACAAAGUGUGCGCACGCCCGCGCUGGCCUGCUGUCUUCACCCGUGUCUCUGUGUUCAUGGACUGGAUCCACAAGGUCAUGCAGCUAGGCUAGGCCUGGCCUCGAGUCUGGAGGCUCAGCGGGGAGGAGCUUCUGUCAGACAUAAAGCUGCCUUCCUCUUUACCCCUGUGCAGGUGCAACUUAGCUUCUGUUUCUAGGGAACCAGCUGGGAACACCUCGCCUGGGCCUGGGUGGCUUGAGCACUGCACACCCUGAGGUACCAGGACUCACCAGACAACUACUGCAGACUAGCUGCUGAGAAAAGGUGUUUCCUGACAGAUAGCAGGGGAGAAAGAUGGCACAGCACCUCCUAGCAGGAGGUGUAGUGGCUGAGGGAGCUCACCUCAGCUAGGCAGACUAGCACCUCACUGACUACUGCCUUGUCUUCUCACC